UUAGUGGUAUUCUUUCACACAGAUGGUCACACUAACAUUAAUGUCGACAACAUAAAAAGUGCAAAUCAACAAAAACAACAUCUUAAUGCACAUAUAUCGGCAAAUGUCCAUUUCUCAUUCCAUUCCAACGCAUGCACGAUGAAUCUAUCAUUCGCUGGCUGUGGUUUCUUGGGCAUCUAUCACGUGGGCGUGGCUGUGUGCCUUAAAAUAUAUGCACCCCACAUGCUGCAGGACAAGAUUGGCGGUGCAUCGGCAGGUGCAUUGGCCGCCUGUUGUCUUCUAUGCGAUUUGCCAUUGGCCACCAUGGCAUCCGAUUUUCUGCGCAUUGUCAAGGAGGCCCGACGUCAUUCACUUGGACCAUUUAGCCCAUCGUUCAACAUUCAGAGCUGCCUGUUGGAGGGAUUACAGCGACUCUUACCUUCAGAUGCCCAUGAGAGAGUUACCGGUCGAUUGCACAUUUCACUCACACGGAUCUGGGAUGGCAAGAAUGUGAUUGCAUCCGAAUUUCAGUCACGCCAGGACCUAAUGCAGGCCCUGCUCUGCUCCUGCUUUAUACCCGGCUUUUCAGGUAUAUUGCCGCCACGUUGGCGCGGGGUUCGCUACGUGGAUGGAGCCUUCUCCAACAAUUUGCCCAUACUGGAUGGAAACACUGUAACUGUGAGUCCUUUCUCCGGCGAAAGUGACAUAUGUCCCAGGGAUCAGAGCUCCAAACUCUUUCAGAUUCACCUCAAUUGGGCCAAUACAAGUUUCCAGAUCUCACGACGAAAUUUUCAUCGCUUGAUUCACAUCAUAUUGCCAGCACAUACCGAUUUCCUUUCGUCAUUGUGUCAUCAAGGAUUCGCAGAUGCUUUGGAAUUUCUCCACUGUCGCAAUAUGAUCUCAAUCCGGAAAUGUCGUCAGUAUUUUUUCAACGAAAUGAAUCAUGAAGCAACAUUGCUUGAUCGGAAUCCCAUACAGAGUCAUCUGGGACAAGCGAAAAUAAAUUUUCCCCAUUGGAUGUUUCAUUACAGGGGCCUCAAAUUGUUGGCCCUGCCAGCCUUACUGCCCGUGGAUGUACUUCUGGCCACCAUAGCUAAAAUAGGAACUCUCAGGCCAAAGCUGGCCAAACAAAUGUCGCAACUCCUGAGCAGUUUAACACUCUCACUGCACGAUCCACCGCACUUUGAUCUCGGCGAUACCACGAGUCGCCUAUGCGGGCCUCGGACGAUGGAUCCUACGCCAUCCAAAGCCGACGCCGGCGAUAAGCAUUUAGCAUAUAAAGAUAAUGACAACAAAAGCACUGCCAAAGUCAAGGCAAUCGAAAUAUUUGACUUCAAAGAUAUUGUCGCAGCGUCAAAGAGAGCAAAUUGAACAAUCCGAUCUGUGUAUAUUUACUUAUUGUUAGCUUAAAAAAUAUUUACAAAAAAAUCAUGUUGAGUGUUUGUAUUGUAAACAAAAAGGAAUUGUAAAUGUGUAAAGGAUAUGUAAUUAAAA